AUGGUACAUAACAAUGAGAAGUUAGCUCCUAAAUACUAUGGUCCGUACAAGGUGGUUGAUCGUUGCGGCCUUGUGGCAUAUAAACUAGCCUUGCCUGUGAGUUCUCAGAUCCAUCCAGUGUUCCAUGUAUCGCAGCUUAAGGUUCUGGUGGGUCCGAAUCACACUUCCAUUGAACUUCCAACUUUGCUUAACAAGGUGCUAUCAAAAGAACCUGAGAUCGUUUUAGAAAGGAAGAUGGUUAAGAUACAACGGCGAGCUGCUACAAUGGCUUUGGUUAAGUGGACGAAUGAGGGUGAAGAGGAGGCCACUUGGGAAUACUUGUUUGAUCUGCAGCGUCGCUUCCCUGCCUUUGAACCUUGA